CUCCACGCCGCUGAGUGUGUGCGCGUGUGCGUCACUCUGUCACAUUCACACAGCAAGUGCAUCCGCACGCUGCUGCUGGACUCAGCCUCCUCCACUCCACUCCACUCCACGCCACGCCACUCCACGCCACGCCACACACGAGCAGACACAAAGAUGGAGAAAACGAGUGAGAUCAACGGCCACGUUGUGCCAAACUCCGCGUCCACGGAGAAGAUCAUGGAUGAGCAGCAGGAGGAGACGAAGAAGGAGAAGAAGACAUGCGUGGACAAGCUGCUGGCGUGUCUGAGCAAGAACCUGCUCGUGAUCCUGACCGUGUCCGGCGUCCUGGUGGGCGUCGGGCUCGGCAUGCUGGUCCGGAACAUGGACCUGACCCGGGCGCAGAUGACCUACUUCGCGUUCCCCGGUGAGAUGCUGCUGCGGAUGCUGAAGAUGAUCAUCCUGCCGCUGGUGGUCUGCAGCCUCAUCUCCGGCGCCGCGAGCCUGGACCCGCGCUCGCUGGGCAAACUGGGCGGCAUCGCGGUCGGCUACUUUCUGGUGACCACGCUGAUCGCGUCCGGGAUCGGGGUCACGCUGGCGUUCAUCAUCCAGCCCGGCGUGGGCGCGGGAGGUCUGAACACCAACAACCUGGGACUGGAGAGUAUCAACAGCGACAAGGAGACCGCGGACUCUUUCCUGGACCUGGUCAGGAACUUAUUCCCCGCGAACCUGGUGUCCGCAGCUUUCCGUUCGUAUGCCACCGACUACAAGAUGGUUGCUGUGGGGAAUGACACCAAUGGGACCACCCUCUAUCAAAAGGUUCCCAUUCCAACAGACUCUGAGGGCAUGAACAUCCUGGGUCUGGUUUUAUUUGCUAUGGUGUUUGGUGUGGCGCUGAAAAAGCUUGGACAGGAAGGGGAGGAACUCAUUCGCUUCUUCAACGCUUUCAAUGAGGCCACCAUGGUGAUCGUGUCCUGGAUCAUGUGGUACAUCCCCUUCGGGAUCAUGUUCCUGGUGGGCAGUAAGAUCGUUGAGAUGGAAAAUGUGGUCCUUCUGGUCACUAGUCUGGGAAAAUACAUCUUUGCUUCCAUCUUGGGCCACAUCAUCCACGGGGGCAUCAUCCUGCCGCUCAUCUACUUCGGCUUUACUCGCAAGAAUCCGUUCAGUUUCCUGUCAGGACUCAUCACGCCCUUUACCACUGCCUUUGCCACCUGCUCCAGCUCUGCGACUCUUCCCUCCAUGAUUAAGUGCGUUGAGGAGAACAACGGCGUGGACAAACACAUCAGUCGCUUCAUCCUCCCCAUCGGAGCCACCGUCAACAUGGACGGCGCCGCCAUUUUCCAGUGCAUUGCCGCCGUCUUCAUCGCGCAGCUCAACAACGUGGACCUGAACGCCGGACAGAUCUUCACCAUUCUGGUUACGGCCACAGCCUCCAGUGUCGGAGCAGCAGGAAUCCCAGCCGGAGGAAUCAUCACCAUCGCCAUCAUCCUGGAAGCCAUCGGCCUCCCCACCAAUGACCUGUCCCUCAUGCUGGCUGUGGACUGGAUUGUGGAUCGUACCACCACUGUGGUGAACGUGGAGGGCGAUGCUCUUGGUGCUGGAAUCCUCCACCACAUCAACCAGCAGGAGAUGAAGAAACAGCGGGAGCUGCUGCAGCAUCCAGAGGGGGAGCUGGCUGAGGUGCGGGUGGAGGCAGUGGCCAAUGCCCGCGCGGAGGAGGAAACCUCGCCACUGGUCGUGCACCAAAUCAAAGGCGGAGAGUCCAUGCCAGAAGCUAUUGAGUCUGUUCUGUGAACUCAACAAGAUUCUCUGUUUUUUCGUUUUUUCUUUUCCAGUGACAUUUGACCUUUUAACACAUCUGACAUUGCUGCUGAGGGGACACAUUUCUCUUAAAAAGAGACAAGGCAACUUAUGGUUUUACAAAGUGCCAUAGUAACAGCAUUGGUAGUCCCCACAAUGCAUUUGCUGCUACUGUUUUGACAUGUGGUCACUUUGACUUAUGUCUCAGUAGUCAGUUUUCCACAUUUGAAUGCAAAUUAGGAUAAAGUGGCUCUGAAAAUUUACAAUUUUCUAAACAUUUCAUCGGUUUAUGAUUACAAACAGAUUUCCCCUCCAUUUUUUAAACUUUUUCUUUGUCAUAAAAACAAAUGUAUGUGUAUAAUAUCUCUAAAACAUUCCCUUAAA